AUGGUCUACAUUGGUAGAUUGAGUUCGGCUGCAGAAUUGGAAAGAACAAAUAAUCUUAAAAAAAAACUAACUGAAUGGGACUUUAAUGCUCACGACUUGUCGGAAGAAGACCAAUUGAGAUGUGUUGUCAUCAUUUUUGAGCAUGUCCUGGGAUUAAAGGAACUCAAAGACCUCCAUAUAUCGCCAAACCAAUUACACCAAUUUAUCUUCGCCAUCAUGAAGUCCUACCACGACACGAACCCCUACCAUAAUUUCGUCCAUGCCGUGGACGUCCUUCAGGCGAUGUUUCACUUUCUAUGCCUAAUAAAUCUUAUUCCUUCGUUUUUUCCAUCUGGAUAUGAGAAAAAAAAUCAGCAAAGGUGUAUUCCCGAUGAUCUUUUGAAGGGCUCCGAUGCCUUCGCGCUAUUAUUGGCUUCAAUUGGUCAUGAUGUCGGUCAUCCUGGCGUCAACAACCAUUUCCUGGUGGAAUCACAAACUCCCUUGGCUCAACUCUACAAUGACACAUCGGUUUUGGAGAGCUUUCAUGCCAUGACGCUGUUUAAUCUAAUGCGGAAACAUGGUUUCAAGGUUUAUGAAACUGAAACCACAAAAUAUAAGGAAUUUCGCAAGACCGUCGUAAACGCGAUACUUGCUACCGACAUGGAUAUUCACAACGAUUAUAUAGCAGACAUAGAAGAGCAUGCUAAAAAAUUCAAAUCAUCUGAUCCUCAACCAAGGCUUAAAUCACCCGAGAUACUAAGUAAAGAAAAAAAGACUAUCACUGGUGCACUGAUCAAAUGUGCCGACAUUAGUAACGUGGCGAGACCAUAUCAUAUUGCUGAAAGCUGGUCGAACGUUCUGAUGGAGGAGUUCAGAUGCCAAGGCGAUCUACAGAGGAAACUUGGCUUGCCUGUCCACCCGUUAAACGACAGGCAUGGAAGUUUGACGCAGUCCGAUUCCCAAAUAUUCUUCAUAGAUAAUUAUGCAAUGCCUCUAUUCAAGAGCGUUGGUGAUCUCUUACCAGAGAUGAGUUUCUCCUUGAAGUAUCUGGAAAACAACAGAAAAUCAUGGCAAGAAUGUAAGAAUGUUAGCGUUAACGAUCGCUCGCAUAGGCACAACAGCUCCGGUAAUGAUUCGGGAGUUAUUGUUUCCCCCAUUGAUAGCAGACAAAAUUCUCCCAUAGUUGCUGUUCCAGCAGCAAUGACCAUGCACCGUCAAGUGUCCGGUUCUUGCCUACGACCAAUUUCUACUUUACCCGAACGUCCGGGCUCGGAAGCGCAUUCUGACGACUUCAACAGAUCUAAUGUAGACGAGGUUCUUAGCAAUGCGGGCGCAUCGGAUGCUCCUUUAGUGCAUUCCAACAGUCACUCUAAACAACAAUCAUUCGGUUGGUCAUUAUUUGCGAGGAGCAAGUCGCAAACUGUUCAGAACACAAAUCAAUACAAUGGCAUCCCGUAUGAACAAGGCGAUCGGGAAA